CGCAGCUCCUGCAGUCUCGGCUUCUAGAAGCUUAUUGCGGUGUCGCUGGUCCUGGCUGCAGGUCCGGAUGCAGUUUCUGCAAGACUGUAAGCUGAAGCCUUGGAAUCCUUGAUAUUUUGCUGUCUGCAGUGCCUGUUGGUGGACUGGACUGAUACUCAAGUAGGAUCUAAAAGGGGCUGGAUCCUGCUGGUGAUACACACUGCAAGCUGUAAUACCUUUGAACAAGAUGACAGCCAUCUCCCCAGACCCUCUAACUCUGGCCUUAAGUGAACACAACAAGGUCCUAAGAAUGGAUACUCCUGGGGAUCAAGAAGCUGUCCCAAGAGAAGACACUGCUGACCCAGAGUCUUUCAGACAGAGGUUCAGGUGGUUUUGUUACUCAGAAGUGACUGGACCUAGAAAAGCCCUGAAUCAACUCUGGGAGCUCUGCAUUCAGUGGCUGAGGCCAGACAUCCACACAAAAGAACAGAUUUUAGAAAUUCUGGUGUUUGAGCAAUUCCUGACCAUUCUGCCUGGGGAGAUCAGGAUUUGGGUAAAGUCACAACAUCCUGAGAAUAGUGAGGAAGUGGUAACCCUAAUAGAGGAUUUGACACAAAUGCUUGAAGAAAAGGAAGAUCCAGUCUCUCAAGAUUCUGUUGUUUCCCAAGAGGAGAACCCUGAAGAAGAUAAAAUGGUAUCUGUCCUUCCAAAUACUGAGUCGAGGGAUUCCAUCACAUUCAAGGAUGUGGUUGUGAACUUUUCCAGAGGAGAAUGGAGGAAACUGGAGCCUUUUCAAAAGGAGUUAUAUAAAGAGGUACUACUGGAGAACUUCAGGAACCUAGAAUUUCUGGGCUUCCCAGUGUCUAAAUUAGAUUUGAUUUCCCAACUGAAGUGGGUUGAACUACCAUGGCUACUGGAACAAGAAGUGUCAGAAGGCUCCAGACCAGAGGAUGAAUUGAAGGAAUCUGUUCGAAAUCAAGAUGUUCUUAUGGAAGAAUCGACUUUAGAUAAAAUAAUAGAAAGAUACCUAACGGGUGGUGAUUAUGGCUUGAAGGGAGAAUCCAGAAAACGUUAUGGCAGAUUAGAGGAUCGUAGUCAUAAGGAAUAUUCACAAGUAGCAGUCACACAAAAGAAAAGUCAUGGGAGAGGCAGUAAGGGUGAGGAAUUUGACCCAGACAAGAGCCCUUUUGGAAGUAAUUUCAAACAAAAUUCGGACAUAAUUAAACAUUUGAGAGUCUACUUAAGGAAGAAAUCUCGGAGAUAUAAUGAAGGCAAGAAACCCUUCAGUUUUCAUUCAGACCUUCUGACCCGCAAAGAACAUACUGGAGAAAAGCCACGGAAAUGUAAUGAAGGCAGGAAAGUCUUAAGUCACUCUUCAUCUCUUACUGAACAUCAAAAACAUCAGAAAAUUCAUUUGGGGGGUAAGUCCCAGAAGUGCAGUAGCUGUGGGGUAGCCUUUACUCAAAACUCAUCUCAUACUAAGAGAAAAAACUCCUCUACCUGUGAAAAGUGCUGGAAGGAUUUGUGUCAAGAUGAAACUUUAAAUAAAGAUGAGGGAAGUGAGACUGGAGAGAGAACCCAUAAAUGUAGCAAAUGCGGAAAAGCCUUCAGCUAUAGUGCCUCACUGACCAAACACAGGAGAAUUCACACUGGGGAGAAACCGUAUAUGUGCAAUGAAUGUGGAAAAGCUUUCAGUGACAGUUCCUCACUCACACCACAUCACAGAACUCAUAGUGGAGAGAAACCCUACCAAUGUGAUGAUUGUGGAAAAUCUUUCACCCUGAGUGCCCACCUCAUUAAACAUCAGAGAGUUCAUACUGGAGAAAAACCCUAUAAGUGUAAAGAAUGUGGGAGACCCUUUAGUGACAGUUCAUCUCUUAUUCAACAUCAACGAAUUCAUACUGGAGAAAAACCCUACACAUGUAACAAUUGUGGAAAGUCCUUCAGUCAUAGCUCAUCCCUUUCCAAACAUCAGAGAAUUCAUACUGGAGAGAAACCCUACAAAUGUGGUGAGUGUGGAAAAGCCUUUAGACAGAAUUCUUGCCUUACCCGACAUCAGAGAAUCCACACUGGAGAGAAACCAUAUUUGUGUAAUGAUUGUGGGAUGACUUUCAGCCAUUUUACAUCUGUAAUUUAUCAUCAGAGACUUCAUUCAGGAGAAAAACCCUACAAAUGUAAUCAAUGUGAGAAAGCCUUCCCUACCCAUUCCCUCCUGAGUCGUCAUCAGAGAAUUCAUACUGGUGUGAAACCUUAUAAAUGUAAAGAAUGUGGGAAAUCCUUCAGUCAGAGUUCAUCUCUCAAUGAACAUCAUCGGAUUCAUACUGGAGAGAAGCCCUAUGAAUGUAACUAUUGUGGAGCGACCUUCAGUCGAAGCUCAAUCCUUGUAGAACACCUAAAAAUUCAUACUGGCAGAAGAGAAUAUGAAUGUAAGGAAUGUGAGAAGACAUUUAAAAGUAAUUCAGGCCUCAUCAGGCAUCGAGGAUUUCACUCUGGAGAAUAAUUCUUGGAAUAUAGUAAGGUCAGGGGAGAUUUAGUCAAAAUGGCCCCUUACUUAAAACCUGCCAUGUAAACCAACACAGUGUUGAUCAGUAGCUGCAACUGUGAUGUGUUAGCAGCUGGGAAAAAUACACUUUCCAUUUACCCAAAUUUUUUUUGUCAGCUUUUGGUAGAUAGUAAUAACAGUUUGUAAAGUCAUGUGGAAAGUGGAGAAAGCAGAAUGAGAUGUGAAAUAAUUCUAAAAGGCUAAAUGUGAACCUAAGCAGGAGAGGGGUGCACAGACCCCACUUACUAACCACUUUUUUUCAGGUUUCCCUUUCUCCUAGCUUCAACUUCUGUUACCAAGUAGUAUAGUAGAAAAUGACAAUUCACAUAACUUGGGUUCUGUCCCAGUUUGCCAAUUCACUGUAUAACCUUGGGCAAAUCAUUUGACCUUUCUAAACUAGGUUCUUCACUCAUAGAAUGAGAGGGUAGAACUAAUGAUUUCUAAGGUUUUUCUUCUUGGUACCUCUGAUAUUCUCUGAAGCUAUGGGAAUAAGCUAAACGUCUUUGAUUCAUUGGAAUUUCCAAAUUUCUCUAGUAUAAAAUUACUCAUUUUGGAUACUGAACGUCUAGUUUAAUGAGAAUGCAAUGUACUUUUUGAGUACUUGAGCCAGAAUCGUUAAAAUGCUGUUAAUGGAAACAAGUCAGUGAAGCUCAGACAAGUUUGUCUUCAGGGAAUGUUGUAUUGGACAAAUCACCCCAACCUGUGUUGCUCUGGGCAUUGGCUAAGGGGUUUGGGAAUCUAGAGGGCAUGCACCUGAGCCAUCGAGCCAGGAGAGUAGUUCUAGAAAAAUAGAUGGGGGAGGGAAGGAGGAGGAAAUGGGAGCUGAACACAGCUAUUCUGGAUGGAUUGUGUUUUGCAAAAUAGAAUCCUAUUUUUUAAAGUUUACCCAUACUAAAUACAGAUUCCUUUAUUUGGAGUGUAAACAUUCUGUAUGGUAAAGGUUACAAACUAUAUUUGGGCCAUUUGACAUGUUUUAGUUGGUCUUUAUGGUAAGGUGUGCGUGUGUGUGCAUGUGUGUGUGUGUGUAUGUAAUUGGCACCAUUUAAAAACCAGGAAACUUUAUUUUAAAAACUUGUUUUGAAAACUAUAAGGGCUGACAACACUGGGACCAUGUAUCAGUGGGCAGUUAGCUAGUUUUGUGUAGCAGCUGCUUCCUUCAUUUGGGGAAUCUACUCUUUUAUGUACCAAGUUCUCAUUUGUAUUACUUGCCCACCUUAGGAAUUUGAUACUAUGAUCUCCUACCAUCUGUAGAAUACAUAUUCUAAAAUCUAUAUAAAGAGACUCUAUUGACAGUAAAAUUCAGGAAAAGACUAUAGAAAUGGUACAGAAUAAAUUUUCAGUUACAUUUUCUGUUGUGAAAUUAGACGUCAAAGGAAUGGAUAGAUGGUAGCAGAUUAUUCCUUGUAAAAUUCACUGGUGGAGUCAGAAUAAUAAUUUCUAACCGAAAAAGGUACUAAAAGCCCUGAGGCAGUUAGGUUUGGUCUCAGGUCAUAGGGUCCUGGAGGACCCCCACAGACUCAACAGUAGUACAAAGUUCCUCAAGAUAAAAGUUGAGGUCACUCUUAUAAAGAGAGAAGUAAUCCAGACAACUUCAAGUGUACGAAAGUGUAGAACUCCUUAAUGUUUUAUAGGAGCCACCUCCUAUAUAAAAGAGAACUAACCUAGAAAACUUUCAGUUUACGAAAGUGAAGAGAUCUUAAAUGUUCUGUGACUCAGCAAUAUUUGCUGUGAUUUAAUGAGUUUCGGUUUACAAUGCUACCUCUGGAUAAUGUUGGUUCUUCCUUGUGUCCCCACUUCCCCCCAAGGCCUCGAGUUCAAAUAUUGCUGUGUGAUAAACCUGCAUAGUUAUUGCCAAAUGGACUAACCAGAGAUGUUCUAGCCAUGAAAAGAAUAUGGCCGAGGAGAGUCAUUUACCCUCAUUUUUCUUCUGAAAAGAUACAAACCCUGGUUUUUUCCUGAAAAUAUGUAAUUUAUAGGAAUAAUUAAAUACCUAACAUUCUUGAGGUUUGUUCCAGGAUGCUUACUGUAGUUUCAUCUCCCACAUUCAUCAGAGAUGUUUUAUACCAACAUCAGUGGGGAAUCUGGAACAGAAACUUUUUUUUUACAACUUAUUGAGGUGUAAAUUAUCUCGUAAUUUCAUAAAAGGCAUUCCAGGUAUCCAAUUCAGUGAGUUUUAGCAAAUUCACGGAGUUGUGCAGUCGUUGUCAUAAUCCACUUUCAGAGCAUGCCAUCACCUCGUUAAGAUCCCUCAUGCUCAUUUUCAGUUAAUCUGCAGCCCCACCCCUAAACCCAGGCACCACAAAUCAGUCUACACCCUGACUCUGUAGAGUUGCUUUUUCUGGACGUUUUACACAAAUGGAAUCACAGGUGGUCUUUUUCUAGUUUUUCACUAAAUGAAAAGUUCACCCAUAUUGUAGCAUAUCCAUCCUACAUUCCUUUUAUUGUGAAAUAUCUCAUGUUAUGGGUAUACAAUAUUCUGUCCAUUUACCAGUUGAAGGACAUUUGGCAAUUUCCAGUGUUUGACAGUUAAAAAUAAUGCUGCUUUUUGAACAUUAGCUUGUUAAGUCUUUGUAUAGACUUGUUUUUAUUUUUCUUAAGUAGGUAUCUGAAUUGCUGGCUCUAAUGGUAACUUUUUUGUUUAACUUUUUAAGAAAUUGCCAAAUUGUUUUCAAAGGGGCUACAGCAUUUUACAUUCUGAGCAGCAGUGUGUGAGGGUUCCUGUUUCUCUACUCUCUCACCAACUCUUGUUACUGUCUGUGUUAUUUUAACCAUCCUAGUGGUUGAAGUAAUAUUUUUGUGGUUUUUAUUUGCAUUUCCCUGGUGGCUAAUGAUGUUAUGUGCUCCUUAGCUAUUCACAUAUCUUUUUUGGUUAAAUGUUUAUUCAAAUAUUUUGUCCAUUUAAAAAAGUUGGUUGUUAUUAUUGAGUUGUAGUUCUUUUUCUACAGACAAGUUUUUAUCUAGUAUGAACUUUCUGAAUUCCACGUAUUAGCUACAGAGGGCAACCUCAAACCCUGCUGCAUGAUAGUUAUCAAAAGCUUGUUUUCAAUAACUAUGUAUAGUUGCCUAAAGGAUAUUUAAUCCUUAAAAUACUUAAAUUAUUUUUGUAUUACAUCAAAUCAUACAAAGGUUUUAAACUUCUUUUGACUUCAUAUAGAAUUGCUUUUAUUAACCUGUAUUUGUGCUAUUUAUCUUCAUCAGUGUGUAUUAAAAUCGUCCUAUGACACAUUGUACUUUAAAAUGAAGACCUUGCUUCUUAAAAUUUUGCCUCUUAAUGUGUUUCUGCUGAAGGCAUUUCUUUCAGGUCACAGGACAGGACAAGGCUUCUCCUGCCAACAAAUUACUCUAAUUUACCAUUAAAUUCUUGUUGAUGUGGGAAAACACACAUGACAUAAAAUUGACCAUUUUAGCCCUUUUGUGGGGUACAGCUCAGUGCCAUUAAGUACAUUCAGUUUGUUGUGCAACCAUCACUACCAUCCAUCUGCACAGCUUUUCUAUCAUCCUGAACUGAAACAACUCAGAAAUAACUCCUCAUGCUCUGCCUCCCAGCCCCUGGUAACCACUAUUCUGUUUUCUGUCUCUGUGAAUUUGAUUAUUCUAGGUACCUCAUAUAAAUGGAAUUAUUUACUAUUUUUCUAGGUACCUCAUAUAAAUAAAAUUAUUUAGUAUUUGUCCUUUUGUGUCUGGGUUGUUUCAUUUAGCAUGAUGCUUUUAAGGUUCAUGUUAUAUAGCAUAUGUCAGGAUUUCAUUCCUUUUUAAGGAUGAAUAAUAUUCCAUUGUAUGUCUACACCACGUUUUCUUAUCUAUUCAUCCAUCAGUGGACAUUUAGGCUAUUUGCUCUAUAUUUGGCUAUUGUUAAUAACACUGCUGUGAAUGGUGGUGUAAAUAUUUGUUUGAGUCCCUGUUCUUAUUUCUUCAUGAAUGUUCUUAAUGGCAUCAAAAAUGGUGAAUCCUUUCCAGAAGGUUAUCGAUUUACUGCCCAAUUCCAUCAGGGGAAUCAUUACCUGUGGCAGGUACAGCCUUUCAAAGUAUAUUUCUUAAAUAAUACUUGAAAGUUGAGAUUACCCCUUGACCCACAGUUACAGAAUGGAUGUUAUAUGAGCAAGCAUGAAAGCAAUAAUCUCGUACAUCUCCAUUAGAGCUCUCGGGUGACCAGGUGCAUUGUCCAAGAGAGGUAAAAUUUUGAAAGCAAUCCUUUUUUCUGAACAGUAGGUCUCCACAUUGGGCUUAAAAUAUUCAGAAACCCAUGUUGUAAACAGAUGGUGCUGCCAUCAGGCUUUGUUCAUUUAUAGAGCACUGGCAGAGUAGAUUGAGCAUAAUUCUUAAGGGCCCUGGGACUUUCAGAAUGGCAAAUGAGUAUUGGCUUCAACUUUGUUAUCAGCUGCGUUAGCCCUUACGGGAGUCAGCCUAUUCUUCAGAGCUUUGAAACCAGGCAAUGACUUCUCUGUAGCUAUGUAAGUCCUAGUGGUGUCUUCUAGUAUAAAGCUGUUGUUUCAUCUACGUUGAAAAUCUGUUCAGUGUAGCCGUCUUCAUUGACCAUCUUAGAUCUUUUAGAUAAUUUGCUGCAGCUUCUACAUCAGCACUUGCUGCUUCACCUGCACGUUUAUGUUAUGGGGACAGCUUUUUUCCUUAAACCCCAUGAACCAACCUCUGCUAGCUGCCAGCUUUCCUCCUGCAGCUUCCUCACCUCUCAGCCUUCAUGGAAUUGAAGAGAGGGCCUUGCUCUGAAUUAGGUUUUGGCUUAAGGGAAUGUUGUGGCUAGUUUGAGCUUCUAUCCAGAAGCCAAAGCUUUCUUCCUAUCAGCAACCACACUGUUUCACUUAUCAUUCAUGUGUUCACUGAAGUAGCACUUUUAAUUUCCUUCAAAAACUAUUCCUUUGCAUCCAAAACUUGGCCCAUUGGCAUAAAAGGCCUAGGUUUUGGCCUGUCUUGACUUUUGACAUGCCUUCCUCACUAAGCUUAAUCAUUUCUAGGUUUUGACUUGAACACUUAGAGGCCAUUGUAGGAUUACUAAUUGAGCCAAAUUCAAUAUUGUUAUGUCUCAGGGAAUAGGGAAUCCCGAAGACAGGGAGAGAGAAAGGUUUGGUUGGUCAGUAGAGCAGCCAGAACACACAUUAAGUUCAUUGUCAGAUGGGUGCAGUUCGUGUUGCCCCAAAAUAAUUAUAAUAGUAACAUAAAAUAUCACUGAUCACAGAUCACCAUAACAAAUAUAAUAAUGAAAAACUUUGCAAUUCUGUG